AUGCCAAAUAUUGACACAAGAGAUGAUAGAAAAAUUAAUGAAGCAGAAAUAUUUUAUUUUUCUACAAAAAUGAAAGCUGAUUUGGGGCAAAUAUGUAAUCUUGCAUGUAAAGCAUUACAAUUAAAUAAAACAGAAUGGGAAAUUGCAAAAUAUUUAAAAAUGACUUUAGAAGAAAAAAUUCCUCCAAAAUGGGAUGUUAUUGUUGGUUAG